AUGGCGCGGAUGAAGUCGUGCUUCAGCGGGGACAUGGACGCGUGGGCGCACGCGCACGCGGCGCGCGGCUCGGCGGCGAUGAGCUUCGAGCCCGCGGACGCGGUGCAGGCGGUGCAGCUCGCGCGGCUCACGCAGACCGACUCGAUGCUCGUCGUCGCGCUGUUCAUGUGCUGCCAGCUGCCCGCGCGCCAGAUCCUGCUCGGCGGCGGCCAGGCGGGGCGGCUGGCGGCGGAGGACGCCGCGGCGUGUGUGGACGGGCGGAUGCGCCUGCUGAACGACGGCAUCGCGGCGACGUACCGCGUGUUCAACGCCGGACGCAGCCCGCUCUGCGCGGACGCGAAGCACUGCGUGCGCUUCCCCAGGGCGGUGCUCGCGAGCAGGAUCGAUGUGGACCGGGCUUGUGAUGGGGCGCUCAUGCCGGUGCUUGACGGGUGGGACGAGCUCGUCGACGGCGCUCUGGUGGACGGCAAGUUGUGCAAGGCGUGUGGAUUGCAUUACAAACGCAAAGGGCUGCAGGAGCGCAGAGCGUUCUGGCGGCGGCUUCCGCGCUACAUGGGAGUGCAGGCGUCGGUUUGGGUCUCGUUUGACUGGGAGGGAGACGAUGACAAGUGA